AUGACAGGGAUCCUGAACUGUGUAGAACGUAAUGGGGAGCUCGUCCUUCGAGGGGACCUUGGCGACUGCAUGGAUGCCCUCUGGGAACAUCGAACGGCGACAACCAUAGUAGUCGAGUUCUUUGAAAACAUGUCGGAAACAGAGUGCCUCAUGUUGUUUGCAAUACUGGCAGGCUACUCUACCAUGACCAGUCUACGAGUCUCAAGUCUCAUGGACAAGAACAAAUUGCCCAUCAAGGCUCUCAAGGCUCUCCUUAGGAAUCCCUCUGUUCGGUUGGAUAGCUUGCAUUUGGACACGAUCAAGCUUACAGGAGACAUCAAAGACUACUUGGUGUUCGUAGAAUCACUUCGUCUCUGUUCGUUGCGGAGCGUCAGGUUGGAGGACUGCGAAUUCGAAGAUCCCACCAUUGCGCUCGAUCCAUUGAUUCGUGGUCUGGCGACUAUCCCGACGCUCGAACAUGUUUCGCUGGCAAGGACGAAGCUUGCCCCGGUGGGUAUUGUAUGGAACUGCCAGUGUCUUUUCCCAUUGUUGCCUCAAGUGAGGUCUCUGACCUUGGAGGAAAUGCCAGAUUUCAAAACGAAUACAAUUUGCUUGUUGGCUUUGGCCAUUGAAGACCCUUCAUGUGCCUUGAAAGAACUCAAGAUACUGAAACACAGGCUCACCAGAAAGAGCAUCGCAUACAUUGGACGGAUGUUAUGCAAAACCCAGUCGCUGCAAGACUUCACACUUGAAGUCAAGAAUUGCCGUCAAGUGAUCCAACUUGCGAAAGACCUGACCAACAAUAUUCAAUCCAGCAGCCUUCGGUGUCUCCAUUUCCCGGGAGAAUGGGGUGCAAGUAGGGAAAGCGAUUACAUCAGUGGUCUUCGACGUGCAAUGAUUGACAUGCUCCAGAUACAGGUUCAACUCAAGAAAAUUACACUGGGAGAUAGGAAGUGCGGCUUGAGCCGAGAAUUGGCUCGAUACGUCAAAAUGAACCAGCAGAACGAGCAAGCUAUUCGUGAGUUUGGAAGGAAAAGAGAAAGUCUCGUAUGCAAGCAAAAGGUGCUUCGGCGAUCGACGUCCACCAAGCAAGAAGGAACUGAUCCCUACAGCUACUACUACGAUUACAGCAAAUCGCUGUUAUCCGGCUUGUUUCAUCCGCCGGAGAAAAGAGUCAGAUUUCGAGUUGACUAG